GAUAAGCGAGAAUGGAGCCGGGAAUAUCAAAAGGUGGAGGGGGAUAUGGAUGGCCAGGGAAUAAAAAUCAGAGUGAGCAGCGAACGGGGUAGCUCUUUCAUAAAUGAGGAGCGUGACACCUUGUACCCGGCUGCUACCUCGAUAAGCGCGUCUGGUAGCGCAUAUGCAUUUCCUUCACAGCCUGUUUCCUCACCUUCUUUGUCUCUCUCCUUCUUUCUCUCUCUCUCUCUCUCGCUCAGCAGUCUCGUUGUAGCUAAGUGAAGAAUUGUUGACAGGAGUGAGCCACUCUGUGGUAACAAGAGUCUGAUUAACCAAAUGCCACCCAUCCCUCUGCGUGGGCUCUCCCUUGUCUCCCCUGAUGGCCGGCACUUCCGUCCUGGUCGUUCCCCCCUUCGAUUGCGCUUGGUUGAUGGGCGACGAACAAAGCUUCCUCACCCCGGGUCGGGGCUGCGUCGCUUUUGAGGCUCGUGCUGCUAAUGAUGUCACCAUCGUCUUUAAAGAGCACCCAGGAUGCAAGCAUUACAGAACAGAUCUGGGUCCCAAUUACACCAUUAUUUUGGGAAGCCAUGGUAAUCGGAGGUUGAAGAUGCUGGUGGAUGGCAAGACAGUGGUGGAUGUAGCUGACAUAGUCCUCUGCCCCUCCACGUUUGAGCGUUACUGGAUCAGUGUACUGGACGGGAGGAUCAUAGUUGGGAAAGGGGAGCCUGGACAGAGUAUUGUGCAUGAGUGGUCAGAUCCAAGCCCUAAUUUUAAAAUAAAAUAUGUGGGCCUUAGUAGUUGGGACAAGCACGUCGGCUACAGGAAUGUAAGGGUGCUUCCGCCUGCGCCAAUUAGUGGAAAAUACAUGCCCAAUUUGCGAGAUCUGCAAGGUAUUGGAGGGGGUUUGGCUCAGUAUUUGGAGUCUUCGGAAUUCUCUGACCUUCAGUUUGUGAUCGGGCCUAAUAGGAGGGUGGUGCGGGCUCAUCGCGUUCUUCUUGCUUCAUCCUGUACUGGAUUUUCACAUUUUUCUGGCGACGUGUGUCGACUUGCAUCUGUCAAUUAUUCGACUCUCCAUGCAUUCCUUCAGUAUAUCUACACUGGGCGCACAGUGGUGACCAGAAGCGAACUCAGCGGGCUUCAGGACUUGUCGGAGAAGUUUGGACUUGAUUGCCUUGCACUCCAAUGUCGACAGCUCAAAAUAGUAGCUUCUGAGGAGGUAAAUUAUGAAGGAGCCAAUGUAUCCCAAGAAAAUACCAAAUUUGAGCUGGUGUAUCAGAGCCCGGUUGCUAUUUUCGAGGAACGAUCUACACACGCUCUUAAUAUUCCUGUGAAUGCAGCAGUGAUGGUUCAACACCUAGACAGUGGAGAGUUCAGUGAUGUUGAGAUAUCAAUUGAGGACUAUGGCACGGUGGCACGAGCUCACAGGCUAAUUUUAAGUGCUUGGAGCGAACCGUUUGCAAAGAUGUUCACCAAUGGGAUGAGUGAGAGCAGUGUUGGUCAGGUUCUUAUCAGAGAUACAGAACCUCAGGUUUUCAUGGCCAUGCUUUGGUUCAUGUAUCGUGGUCACCUUGACCUGGAGGAGAGGAGUGACUACUGGGCAUUACUACUUCCUCUUUUAGUGCUAGCCGACCAGUUUGCGAUUCAACCUCUGCAGCAGGAGUGUUGUUUGCGUCUUCUUGAUUGCUUGGCCGAGGAUUCUGCAUGCGCUAUAUUACAAGUGGCUGCUUCUAUGCCUAAUUGCAAGGCAUUAAGAGACGCAUGCCAGGACUGCUGCGCUCGCCACUUUGAUUACUGUAUUAUUCCUCCAGCUGCGGUUUUCCAGGCGCUUGAAGCAUCUUGCAUAUCACAAAUCCUACAGCAUUCAGCUUUGAGUGUUAUCUCUGAAGAGAAAGUCCUCGACGCUAUAAUGAUGUGGGGUGCGAAUAAGGACGACAUCCACGGUUGGGAGGAUGCUAAUCAACGAGCAAUGGCUGAGGGGGCAGAAUUAUUCCAAGAUCGGCUAGAAGACGUCAAACUCUUGAUACCUCUUGUGCGGUUUCCUCUUAUGUCUCUCCCAGUUUUGCAGAUGUUGCAAGUCUCAGAGCUCUGCAGAUUAAUCCCAGCAAUAGAGGAGCUUGCAGGAGAAGCAAUUGAAUAUCUAUGUCAAGAUUUAACAUCGUCUACUUUACAACAAGAGAUAUUUCAGUCACUGGAUAUGCGGACUCAAGGCAGGUUGGUCAAGUUUCCUCGCAGUACCGCCAGGUUCAGCCAGCGUCUUUCAACAUUCAAGGAAUUGUUAUACAUAAGUGAUGGAGACUGCAAUGGGGUGUUCUACUAUCUUGGGACAUCAUAUGGCUCUCAUCCAUGGAUGAAUCCCGCCCUUACCAAGAAGCUGGUGGUUUCAGCAAGCAGUCCUCCAUCGCGUUUUACAGAUGCUAAAGCUCUUGUUUCUCGAAACUAUCAGGGAACAUCAUUCGCUGGACCUUGUAACGUUGGUGGACAAAUGUCAGCCUGGUGGAAAGUGGAUCUUGGAGCAGAUCAGCAGCUUCUGUGCAACUAUUACACUGUGAGACAGGAUAGCUCCUCUAGUUUUAUGCGGAAUUGGAGCCUUCAGGGUUCUGUGGAUGGGCAACGUUGGACGCAACUACGAACCCAUCACAACGAUCAAACCAUCGGUCACGGUGGGCAAUAUGCCUCAUGGCCCGUCUUUGGUGCAAAUGCUCUCCUGCCUUUCAGAUUUUUCAGGGUGAUUUUACUAGGCCCCACUACAAGUGUUUCAACUCCAUGGAACCUUUCUUUGUGUUACUUGGAGCUGUAUGGCUACUUAAGGUGAAUUGUGUAAACUUCAAUAGUAUUGUCAGCACACUGCAGGCCCUUCAUACAAUUUUGUGGUAUGUAGCCAUUUCUUUCUUUCUUUGACCUUUGUCAGAAGAGAAAUGCCAGGUGUACAGCUGGUAUGAGGUAGUUCUUUUGUAUGAUACUAAAAGGUUAGUGAAAAGCCUCUCUUUAAAUCCUCAGAAAGGACUUCUGAAAUUAUCA